CGGUGCCAGGACCAGGCUAUGCCUCUGUUCUCACAGAACUCACAGCCUAGUGUGCAAAGAGAAACAGAUGCUCUAAACACUGCAGUGUGCAAAUGCAGUGGGGACAGCGCAUGGCAGGCAGGAGAGGGCCAGGGAUAUGUAGCCCCACCUGGGCGGCCCUGGGCAUGUUGGAAGACAUUCCCUGCAGGAGUGAGGCUCAGAGGAGUUUGGAAAGGAGGAGUCAGGUGAAGGUGGCCUGAGCAAGGAGGGUGCACAGGGAGAGGAAGUGAGAAAAGAAAGCCUCAGUGGCCAACCACAGCAGGGAGUGUAGGAAGUGACCAAAAUUUUGGAAUGGCACACAAGGGGGGAGAAUAGGAAAUGAGGCUGUGGAAUGCAGGAGGGGGCAGGUAAUGCAGAUGAAGGGAGUGGCCUUUUUCUUGCAGGCAGUGGGCACCCUUGAAGGACCCUGAGGGACGCUGAGCAAGAGAAGAGUGUGCUCAAACCUGCCAGCUGCACGUUGCAAGCCACAUCAGGGGUACAGACACGAGAUUCUAUUAGGAGACCACAGCCAUGGUCCCAAAGGUGGAGAAUGAAGGCCUAAACUGAGGCAGAAGCAGAACAAAGAGAGAAGGAAGGAGGAUGAAUGAGAGUUUGAGAAGCACAGGCCCAUAAAGUAUUCUCAAAUACAGUGUUAAACCAGAACCUACUGGAUGCACUUCCGGCUUGUGGGAGGUACAAGAGGAAGAGGAACCAAUUCAAUAAUACCAUAAGGAGAGAGCUCGCCAGUGUGAACAUUCUACAAGACAACUGUCUUUGACUCAGACUGGGAUUCUCUUCAAGGCCGGAGCCCAGUGUGGGAGAGAGAUGGAGAAACAGGCUCUCAUGUGCAGCAGGCUCGCUCACCAUGACCAAACUGAAUGCCCAAGUCAAAGGCUCUCUCAACACCACCACCCCGGGGCUGCAGAUAUGGAGGAUCGAGGCCAUGAAGAUGGUGCCUGUUUCUUCCAGCACCUUUGGGAGCUUCUUCGAUGGUGACUGCUACGUUGUCCUGGCUAUCCACAAGACGGGCAGCACCCUGUCCUAUGACAUCCACUACUGGAUCGGCCUGGCCUCGUCGCAGGACGAGCAGGGGGCAGCUGCCAUCUACACCACGCAGAUGGACGACUACCUGAAGGGCCGGGCUGUCCAGCACCGCGAGGUCCAGGGCAACGAGAGUGACACCUUCCGAGGCUACUUCAAGCAGGGCAUAGUGAUCCAGAAAGGGGGCGUAGCUUCCGGCAUGAAGCAUGUGGAGACCAACUCCUACGAGGUUCAGCGGCUGCUGCACGUCAAGGGCAAGAGGAACGUGGUGGCCGGAGAGGUGGAAGUGUCCUGGAGUAGUUUCAACCGAGGAGAUGUUUUCCUCCUGGACCUCGGGAAGCUUAUCAUCCAGUGGAACGGGCCGGAGAGCAACCGCAUGGAGAGACUGAGGGGCAUGACGCUGGCCAAGGAGAUCCGAGACCAGGAGCGGGGUGGCCGCACGUACGUGGGCGUGGUGGACGGGGAGAACGAAUCUGCGUCCCCCAAGCUGAUGGAGGUGAUGAAGCACGUGCUGGGCCAGCGCAGGGAGCUGAAGGCAGCCAUUCCCGACACUGUGGUGGAGCCAGCACUCAAGGCUGCCCUCAAGUUGUACCAUGUGUCAGACUCUGAGGGGAAACUGGUGGUCCGGGAAAUCGCCACACGGCCACUCACACAGGACCUGCUCAAUCACGAGGACUGUUACAUCCUAGACCAGGGGGGCCUGAAGAUCUUCGUGUGGAGGGGGAAGAACGCCAACGACCAGGAGAAGAAAGGAGCCAUGAGCCAGGCGCUGAACUUCAUCAAAGCCAAGCAGUACCCAGAAAGCACGCAGAUAGAGGUGCAGAACGAUGGGGCGGAGUCAGCCGUCUUUCAGCAGCUCUUCCAGAAGUGGACCGUGCCCGGCCGGACCUCAGGCCUGGGCAGAGCCCACACUGUGGGCUCCGUGGCCAAGGUGGAGCAGGUGAAGUUUGAUGCCACGUCCAUGCAUGUCCAGCCUCAGGUGGCUGCCCAGCAGAAGAUGGUAGACGAUGGGAGUGGGGAGGUGCAGGUAUGGCGCAUCGAAGACCUAGAGCUGGUGCCUGUGGACUCCAAGUGGCUAGGCCACUUCUUUGGGGGCGACUGCUACCUGCUGCUCUACACCUACCUCAUCGGCGAGAAGAAGCACUACCUGCUCUACAUUUGGCAGGGCAGCCAGGCCAGCCAGGAUGAAAUCGCCGCCUCGGCCUAUCAAGCCGUCAUCCUGGACCAGAAGUAUAACGAUGAACCGGUCCAGAUCCGGGUCCCAAUGGGCAAAGAGCCGCCCCAUCUCAUGUCCAUCUUCAAGGGACAAAUGGUGGUCUACCAGGGAGGCACCUCCCGAGCCAACAACUUGGAGCCUGUGCCCUCCACACGGCUCUUCCAGGUCCGGGGAACCAGUGCCAACAACACCAAGGCCUUUGAGGUCCCAGCCCGGGCCGCUUCCCUCAACUCCAAUGAUGUCUUCAUCCUCAAGACCCCGUCCUGCUGCUACCUAUGGUGUGGGAAGGGCUGUAGUGGGGAUGAGCGAGAGAUGGCCAAGAUGGUUGCUGACAUCAUUUCCCGGACGGAGAAGCAAGUGGUGGUGGAAGGGCAGGAGCCAGCCAACUUCUGGAUGGCCCUGGGCGGCAAGGCCCCCUAUGCCAACACCAAGAGACUGCAGGAAGAAAACCUGGUCAUCACCCCCCGGCUCUUUGAAUGUUCCAACCAGACCGGGCGCUUCCUGGCCACAGAGAUCUCCGACUUCAAUCAGGAUGACUUGGAAGAGGACGAUGUGUUCCUGCUCGAUGUCUGGGACCAGAUUUUCUUCUGGAUCGGGAAGCAUGCCAAUGAGGAGGAGAAGAAGGCCGCAGCCACCACUGUGCAGGAAUACAUCAAGACGCACCCUGGUGGCCGUGACCCUGAGACCCCCAUCAUUGUGGUGAAACAGGGACAUGAGCCCCCCACCUUCACGGGCUGGUUCCUAGCUUGGGAUCCCUUCAUGUGGAGUAACACCAAAUCGUAUGAGGACCUGAAGGCAGAGCUGAACAACUCUCCGGACUGGAGCGAGAUCAGCGCUGAGGUCACAAGCCCCAAAUUGGAUGUGUUCAAUGCCAACAGCAACCUCAAUUCUGGGCCUCUGCCCAUCUUCCCCCUGGAGCAGCUGGUGAACAAGCCUGUGGAGGAGCUCCCUGAGGGUGUGGACCCCAGCAGGAAGGAGGAGCAUCUGUCCGUUGAAGAUUUCACAAAGGCCCUUGGGAUGACUCCAGCUGCCUUCUCUGCCCUGCCUCGAUGGAAACAACAAAACCUCAAGAAAGAAAAAGGACUAUUUUGAGAAGGAAGAGUAGCUGUGGUUGUAAAGCAGCACUCUACCCCUCCUGGCUUGUGGCAUUCUGUUUUAUAACUGGUAUUAGACCUAUGCCAAUUGAAGUGAAAUUUUAGUUGUGCCUGUGAACAGCUGUCUCUGGCAAUGCGACUUUUAAUAAUCCACCUAUUCCUUCAGAAAGAUGAUACCUCCACAAGGAGCCUGUGGUCCCAAUUUCAGCUCUCAAAAAGGUGGCUGGAUUGUUUCUAUCUUGAGGUGUUUCAUCAUUUUUAAUCAUCCUGUUCUAGAGUUUUCCCUUCUUAGAAGAGCAGCCAAACACUUCAUGGAACGUAAGAGUUGAGGCGCCAGGCCAGGUUUUCCUCUACCAUGACUCAUUUUCAUCUAUGGCAAGAGGGCUGAAACAUUUUGCAGGUUUACAUCUUUCCCAGAGUAAAGGCUUUUCCUUUUCACAUAUACUUUCUUCACUGCCUUACUCAGGUGGUAAGUUAAAGGGCUGAAGGAGAGUUGAACAGCCUAGGAGACUGUCCUCUUGCUUAGGUUUCACAAUACUCACUAAGUAGUACCCAGUGAGAGCAGCACAUCCACUGUGUCUAAGCUAAAGGCAAGUAUGAAAUGCAAAUGCUAUUUCACCCUUCACCCCCACUCUUAAUAAAGCAAAGGAAGAGUGAAGACCAAUGCUGGGUUUACAAACUGUUAUACAGAAGCCUCUGCAAAGCUUCCCAGGCUCCUCAGAUGAAAAUAACAGGAACCAGUGGUGACUAUGGCCAAACACUGGUUCGACAUUCCAUCUCCUUUAAGAUGUAACAGUACUGCAAUGAAGCCCAAGUCAGAAAAGCAAAAGAAGGUGAUUUCCACAACUUGAAACUGGUUGUUAAAAGUGUCUGCAAAAAUGUGUUCUUCUCAAAAAUAACAGUCAAACCAACAUAAGGUUAAUAAAGGCUUUAAUUUCACACACACAAAAAAA